CGAGGUUGAUCUUGGGGACUCCCAGCCGAGCCAUCGUCGGUGGGGAUCCUCCAGAAGACAACAACCACUUGUCUUUAAGGGAUUAACAAGCAUCUUCAUCUUUAAACUAUACACCGCGCUCUCUACUCUACUCUCUCGAUCUUCACGACAUUUGCAGUACACUUCAGUUCUCCUCGAAAGAUCUUCCCAAGCCAAAACCGUCAACAUGUCUGCUCAAAUCACCAAGGCCGAGGUUGCCCAGCACAAGGAUGACAAGUCCAUGUAUAUUAUCAUUGACGACGGCGUCUACGAGAUUGCCAACUUUGUCAAUGAGCACCCAGGCGGAGCCAAGAUCCUCAAGCGCAUGGCCGGCAAGGACGCGACGAAGCAGUUCUGGAAGUAUCACUCCAAGGGCGUCAUGGAGAAGUGGGGAGCCAAGUUGAAAGUGGGCACGCUGAAGGAGGAGGCCAAGCUUUGAAUAACGGUUGGAUGGAUGAUGGGUGGAAAGGAGGAGGGAGCGAAUGAUGGAUACCAUGACCGACCGCGCGCGCGUGUGUGUGUGCGACGAUAGCGAAACGAAUAAUAGCGAUGCGAAUUCUUUUUUCGGAAUUUGAAUAUGGAAUAUAUAU